AUGCUGCGGAUUUGGUUGGCCUCCGGAGAGGAGCUGGCUCCCGUGUCGAGGCAGAAGAUUCGCGUCUGGGACCUGAAGCGUCAUCUGCGCACGGAGCACGGCUUCCCGGCCUGCCUGCAGCGACUGAUCUGUGAUGGCGUCUGCUUGGAGGAUGCUCACUACGUCACUUCACCCUGCGAGCUGCAGCUGCUGCUGUCCAUGGAUGCUAGCAAGCAGCAGAGGCUCGCGGUCGGAGCCGAGCUGGUGUCCUACGCUGCCGAGGAGGGUCCUGCCAGAGUGACGCAAUUUCUGCUUCGCGUGUGUCCCGACAAGGACUUCCACGGCCAAGCUCUCAGAGUCGCGGCGCACAAGGGCCGCGCGGAGGUGGCACGCCUGCUGGUAGAGGCGGGCGCGGACACGAACUCGCCGGAUGCGAAGCACAAGACAGCUCUCAUCCAUGCAUCUUCUAGCGGCCACACCAAGAUUGCUGAACUUCUCCUGGAUGCUGGGGCUCACAAGGACGCGUGCGAUCUAAGCGGCAAGUCUGCUCUUGCACACGCACUCUGCAACGGCCACAUCGAGACGGCCCAUCGUCUACUGGAUGCUGGUGCUGACAAAGAUCUGCGCGGCUUGGAUGGAAGAUGUUCUCCGAGUCUGAUACUUGCGGCCUGCGCAGGGGAUACCGAGAUUAUACAACUGCUGCUUGAUGCUGGCGUCGAUUGCAGUGAAGCUCUGAUGCCCGCAGCCUGCCACGGCCACUCUGAGAUAGUCCGACUACUUCUGGAUAAGGACGCGCGCGCUCUGGACGGCGAGUCUGCUCUUGCACGCGCGGCUUCUAACGGCCACACCGAAGUUGUCCGUUUGCUGGUCGAGGCUGGGGCUGUUGGCCAGUAG